AUGGCUCUGUUCAUGUCGUCCUUGAAUAUCUCUGAUUUCAGAAUCGGCCUUUUCAUGACGCUGACACUUGUAGGUGAUGUCAUCCUCUCCCUGCUUGUCGCGUUAGUAGCGGACAAAAUUGGACGAAGGCUUGUUCUGUUUUCCGGCGGCUGUCUUAUGAUCUUUUCCGGGGUAAUAUUUUGGCUCUUUGAGAAUUAUUGGAUUUUACUAUUCGCGGCUGUCGUCGGCGUCGUGAGUGCCACAGGAGGAGAUUUGGGUCCGUUUAGGUCGGUGGAGGAAUCUACCUUGUCUCAUUUAACUACUCCAAAGACAAGGUCGGAUGUCAUGUCGUGGUAUGUCACAACAUCAACUCUGGGUUCCGCUAUUGGUACGGCGAUGUCUGGCCAGAUAGUGAAGAUUCUACGGAGUAAUGAUGGAAAGUCGGCUACAAAUGCAUACCACACCAUGUUUUGGUCGUAUAUCAUAAUGGGUAGCAUGACCAUGCUUUGCACCGGUUUGAUGAGCCGAAAGUGCGAAGCAAAUCCUGAUACUAGUCAAGGAAGGGUUGGUGAAUCAGCAGUCCCACUGUUAGACGAAGAAGCACCGCUCGACUUGCAACACGAAGCAUCAGAUUCACCAAGUAACUUAAGAGAUGAGGUAGCCGCAGAUCGCUGCAGCUCGACUAACAACAACGUAUCCACCAAUACAACGACACCGGCAUAUUCGCCUCCAACUCCAGGGUCCUUUUUACAAAAACUGUGGACAUUCCGUCGCUUUGCUCAGAUAUCGCCGACGUCGCGAUCCAUCGUGUACCAGCUGUGGAUUCUGCUCACAAUUGAUUCCCUGGCAGACGGUAUGGUGUCCUAUGCAUUGACAAACUAUUAUCUCGCACGAAAAUUCGACUUGACUGAAGCAUACCUGGGCGGUAUCAUGUCGACAAGUUAUCUCCUGAUGGCCGCAUCGACAAUAUUUGCAGGGCCACUGGCGAAACGCCUUGGUUUGGUGAAAACCAUGGUCUUUACUCAUAUUCCGUCUUCAGCCGCCGUGUUGCUGUUUCCUAUACCAAAAAGCAUAGCAUUGUCAAUUAUUUUGUUGUACAUCAGAACCGGGCUGAAUAACAUGGAUCAGGGGCCACGGGCGGCUCUCAUCGCGGCGGUUGUCAAGCCCAACGAAAGGACUGCUAUCAUGGGCAUCACUGGAACUCUAAGAACGUUAGGCUCUACCGUUGGUCCAAGUCUGACUGGCUUUCUUGCAGGCAGCGACAGGUUCUGGAUCGCUUUUGUCAUCGCGGGCGCGUUGAGGCUUGGAUACGACUUGGGCUUGUUCUACCUCUUUGUUGGUCUGGAUCUUGAAGCUCUAGAAGCAGCAAAUGCCAAGGAUUCUCAGCUUGAAAGCGAGCCAGAGACAUAG